CCACCAUCCGUUAUAGGCUCCAUUCACUUGGUUUGAGACUGGCCAGAGACAUUGACUGGCUUCAUGUCCUCAGAGAGCAUCAUGUCUCCAACGCGUCGAUAUCUGUCGAUACCGCUCUGCCACGGCAAGCUGGGCAACACAGUCUCAAAUACUUAAGCCAUGGUCGCCCUCCAGCUCCCAGGUCCAAUUCUUCAUUCUCUGAACCAGCUGCAACACACUUCCUCUGAACCAAAGCAUCUGUUUCCAUUCAAGAAGCAUUCAUUAGAUUUUCCUUCCGACCUUCAACGUCCAAUCCUCUCCUUAUUGUUAGCUUGUAAACCCAUUGGCUCGACGCCAUCCACCACAUUCCCUGGCUGCAACGUUUCGCAGCGACAUUUCCUUCCUUGAACCAUAUUCCAACUUUCCUUUCGUCAUAUCUCAACAUGGGUCCUGAUCACGGCGUCCUUGGUGCGACUUUCAAAGCCACCCGGGCUCUUCAGGUGGCGUCCAUGAUCGCCGUCAUUGGAAUUACGGCCAAUUUCAUUUCUGAGAUGGUCAAUGCUGGUGCCACACCACCAUCUGUCCUCGUCGCCAUUCUGAGCAUCGUCUGCAUAGCCGUACUGUAUUGCGCCAUCACUGUCAUUCUUUACUUCGACAACAUCCUUCCUUUCCUGAUCAGCACUGGCAUCGACUCUCUUUUCCUGAUUGCGCUGAUUGUCGUUUCGGUUGUCGUCGGCAAGCCACUCUCAUAUCUGAACUGUGUGAUUCUGGACGAAAUCUCCAACGCCACCUCGAGCGCAUACGACUUUACUUCGGCACUUGGCAACAGUCUCAACAAGGGUGGGAAAGUCAACUAUUCCCAGUGGAUUGGUACUUCCAAGGCCACGUGCUUGGAAAUGAAGUCCAUUUGGGGCUUGAGCAUUGCACUGUGUAUUCUGUUCACUUUCUCGGCGGUGAGCACCAUCUGUCUUUGGAAGAGAACAAAGAACUCUACCGCCGACAAGAGCGAGGCUUGAGGCCAAGGCAGUUAGUUUCGGCAUCUCUUUUUGGGAAAUCGUACCGCUUGCUGGGAGGGGAGUUGAGGUGCAGGACAUUUCUCCUAGGAAAAGAAGAACGCCCCGCAGGUGAUUUGGCUGGCUCUCUGUGGGAGCUUUACCCAGGUUGUCUCGGGACUAUAUUUAGUCUGAGCCUACGCCGGCUCGGGGUUUGCACAAAAAGAGCUCAUAAAAUUCGGAUCAGAAACUCUGGGUUUUCGUCGUACAAGGAUGACUCGUCCCGCUGAGCGGAUAGAUGAUAACUGACAUCUCAGUGCUGGUGGAUACUUGUGAUUUCCAGAGAACUAAUAUGUGUCAGAUAGUGAUAGGCCACAGACCCAGAAGCUAGUGCUAAGGUUUCAAUGUUUGCAGAGUGCUAAAGGAUCAGCGUGACGGUGUGUAGGUGGGCGAUGCAUGGGCGAUGCAUCUGGAGCAGGCUAAGCAACGGGACAGCUAGAGAGCAAGGGGGCACAAACAGGAGACUGGGACAGUCGCAAUUGAAAUUCUGGGUGGCGCUUUGUAGCGGUGACUAGAAGGGAUGCAAUAGAGUCCGGAGAUGAGGGUCGUUUUGGGAGCUACGCAUGUUCCCCUUCACUUGCUGGAUCACGGCCAUGUCCAAGCGACGUGCGUCGCCAGGUGUAGCUCGCAUUGUAAGACUGAGCGACC